AUGGCGCCGGUCUUCAAUUCGCCCGGCGCCACGCGAAGUGCGCCGAGUUUUGCUUUUGGGAGGACAACCCAACCCCAACCCUUCAGCAACCAACCUGAUAUUAUCGAGAUUGACGACGAUGACGACGAUGAUCAGGUCGGCGACAAUGAAAAUAGCGUCGAUGAGAUGGACCAAGAUGAGAGUGACGACGCUGAAGAAAACGAUGAAGAUGAAGUAAUCGAAGACGAAGACGAAAGCAAUGUCGACGAUGACGACGAAGAAGAGGAAGAAGAAGAAGAACUUACUGUAGAGUCACUUGGAAAAGUCAAUGGGAUUGAUUCUUCAGGUAUUUUCGCCACCACUAGGACUUUGCAGAGUAGUCCAGCCAUUCGUCUUCCUCAGUCAUCGAUGUUCACUUCUUCAGGUAUUCAAGAGGCCCUGCACCCCUUACGACACACUGCCGAUCGCGUCACACGCCAAAUGCAAGCUUUUGCAGAGAAGCUUGAUCGCUUCAAACAGCAGGACCGUACUCAAGAUUCCUCUUACCAAGCCGCGUACUCUUUAAUCAAAAGCUAUCAACAGCACGCCUCGGACACAAUCAAAGAUGCUUCCCGCCAGAACACCAUCCAGAAGGCCAGGAUGGGCUGGAACACAAAUCGGGUGUCAGAACAACCAGAUGCGAAAACACAGGAAGAUUUGCGGCGUUUGCAGCUCGAAGUUGAUACCUGGGAUCUUUUUCUCAAUCUGAUUGCUGCAGAUGAUCCCAAAGCGGUUGAAUGCGUUAAUGACACACGGAAAUCAGCCUUCCAAAACUUGCAUCGCUACUCCACCGACAAGGAAAUCUGGGACCAGUUUUUGAUGGCCGAUAAUUAUGCCGCAGAGUGCGCGAUGGUUAUGAAGUGGCUCGAAGUCAAGGCAAAGUCGUCUUCUCAGCAUCUGGACACCAUGAUUGCGAAUCUGGAAGCUCAAGCAGACAGGGGCAGCGGGCUGUGGGCUCACGGUUGGCUGUACACCAAGGAGUCCAUCAAAGGUCAAAAACGACUACGGGCAUGGCCGCAACCGCUAGAGCCUGGCGAUCCCGGUCUUUUGGCUUCAAUGCUCGAUUCCGACAACAAAGAACCAUUAAUCACUCAACUUGAUCCAGAUGCUAUUAUUCGUCAAAAACACGGAUUACAGAAACAAGACCAGUUCUAUGAACAAGCCACUUGGUUGACCUGUUGGAAAAUGAUCAGACAGGGAGAGACCUGGGGAAAAAUUCAAGAGUGGUCUCAAGAACGUCUCGAAAGCUGGCGUGCGGUGAGUCUCUGUGGCUCAAAAGUCGAAAAUCAAUCGUCAGGUGUCAAGAAGCAGGCAGAUGAUAGCAUGACGCGCAUGAUGAACUGCAGGUCCCAGGACACAUGGCGAGCUGCUUGCUCCGCUCUCGCUCGUAAUCCAAACACGGGCGAUUACGAAAAAGCUGUUUAUGCAUUGCUUAGUGGUGAGACAGAGCCGGCAUACCGCGUGUGUCAAAGUUGGGAUGACCACCUCUAUGUCUUUUACAAUAACAUCCUCCUCUCACGCUAUCGGGAAUUCUGUUCUCAAUUUGCUAGAAAGCUCAGCCAUUCUCCUCUGGCGAUCGUGCCUUUCACUCCUGAGCCAAUGGACUACAGCGCUAUUCAAAGAUUUCUGGAGAGCCUGAGGGCCCAUGAAGUCAUUGGCAUGGAAGCUCGUAACCCUUACGUGACAAUUCAAUCGGCAAUCCUAGGCAGAAACUUUGAUUCUUUCUUUUUAUCAACGGCAAGAGCAGCAUCAGAGAGCAACAAGGCCUCGCCAUUCUUGUCUUUGAUACCAGAUGUUGGAGGUACGGGUGUUGACAGCUCAGCACUUAUUGCAGUUCGAGAUAAGGACGCAUUACGCAUUAUAACCCACCUGUAUAUCAUUACGCAGAGUUUGUCAUAUACUCGGUCCGAUUCGCACUUUUCUGAGACAACUGCGCUGAACGUAAUUGCUUAUGUGGAAAACCUGCGUCAAGCUGGACUCACGGACUGGAUUCCACUUUAUGUCUCUUUCAUGCCGACUCGAUUGGUUCCGGAUGUCAUUGUGCAGGUGCUGAUUGACACCGUCGAACCUCCAGAUAAGAGCAGAAUGGCCAAACUCUUAAAGAAGCACCAUAUCGACAUCUUUGCAGUUCAGGAGGCUCUAUCGGAUUAUAUCGCAAAGAAAACGCCGAAAGGGGAAACCCGUUCUAUCACUUUGGAUCAUAUCGUCAGGCGUGAUCAGGCCAAAGGUGUCGUGGUCUUGCUGCCAGUCAGCAAAAAGUUUGCAGACAAAGAGGUGGAUGCUAAAAUGGAGCAAUUGAUCCGUUGUGCCGAAUGGCUUGCAUAUCUCGAAGCGGACUGGGGUGUGUUUUGCAACGCGCUAGAAUAUCUUUACAAGAAGUUUUUUGUCAAUGGCAUGCUCUUAGAAGCCAGGGAACUCAGCUUCAGAUUACCUCUCUCUGAAGUGUCCCAGAAGCUCCUCAAGUACGACAUACGCGCGAGUUCAUACCAUGAAGACCUUUCUCUACUAGAUGAGAACUCGGUACUUCGCAGUCCGACAAAGAGUCCUUCCAAGACUUCACGGUUUCGCCGGCCUCAAACUGAAGAUGAACGACAGCAAAGCUACGACAAAGCCCUUGUUCUGCUCGACCUAGAGUUUGUUAUUUGGGCAUACAUUGCUUUAGACAAUUUCGCGGAAACUUGGGAGGCGUUUGAAUUACUCAAGAAUUCUGUGAACGCAGACGAUGUCCAGAUCGCAGAGCUCUCACAGGGUCUCCAAGAUUGCAUCGAACAAGCAACAGAGCAUGUAGAGGCUUUGCUUGACAAAGACUUGGGCGCGCUUACUCAAAAGUCAACUCCCGAGGAAGACAAAAAAUUGGCAUAUAUUCGGAAUAAUUACUUCCCAGAUAUCAUUCUGAAUUAUCUCAGCGCUCUAUACUACGCUAGCUUGAAGCUCGAUCGUGGAUUGCUGACCAGAAAUAUGGAAGUCGCGAUUGUACUUGCUGAGGACAACCUCAUUCUUGAUUGCUUCCGUCAUGCGUGCCGCUUGAGAGAGUUGGCGGAUGCCAUGGCUUUGGCAUCAGUAGCAAUGGUGAACGCACCUGCAGAAGCUAAGGUCAGGAAGAAGACGGAUGGGCCAGCUCGACUCGAUAUCUGGAAUAUUGAGGUGCCAAACGCUGAUAACGAUGCAAGGGUUCCAUCUAAAUCUUGA